GUUUAGUAAAUAAUUGGGAUUAAAGUCAGAUUUUAUGUUUGAAAUAGAUGUUGGAUUGUGUCGUAAUAUUUUGAGGGAUUUUCUCGUGUUGUUGGUUGUGCGCCACCGUGAGUGAUGCUUGGAGACGCUGCGUGACUUUCGUAUUGUUUCAUGCAGUUUUAAGUUAUAUAAAGAAUGGGAGAGAAACUAGGAGGAAGCUGUAAAACAGAAGAGCAGGUGGUUUGUGUGGAAGCAUUUUCGAGUGCCAACGGAAAAGAUAAUGUGAUUAAGUUAUAUAAAGAAUGGGAGAGAAACUAGGAGGAAGCUGUAAAACAGAAGAGCAGGUGGUUUGUGUGGAAGCAUAUCGAGUGCCAACGGAGAAGAUAAUGCGAUGCCUAACGAGAACGUGUGUGCCUGUGGCGUGGUCGUGGAUCUGCCAAAGUCACGAAGUAGCUCGGUGGAGCUUCUGGGUAAACUGACCAUUCUCCUGCCCAAAACGAAGGGCAACAGAUCGGAGAGUAAAGGCUCGCGGAAGCAACUCGACGAUGGGCGAGUACCGAAGACUCGUACUACGUCGAGCGAGAUCGGGAGCAGCAGCACGGUGACGGAACCCGCGAGAGUCACGAUGAAGAGCAGCAAACACGAGAAGCGGCUCACUCACUCGCGGAGGACUCGAAGCGCCGACAGAGCCGAGUCGCAUUACACGUACAUCGAUUCGGGCUCGAGUAUCCUUAGCGGUGGGAUUCGUGAGAACACCAUACCGGAAGCGCUGUACGCCACCAUACCGGAUACGCCGAGCGUCAAUGAAACGACGAUCGGGACGACGAGUCGACCGAUGAAUUCGCAGAACAGAUCACAGCCUCUUUACUCCGCCAUUCCGUCUAUGACAUCGCCGCCGCCGACGUACGACGUAGCGAUUGCAAGAACGUGGCAGACUGGUCUGCCGCCGACAUAUGAGGAAUACCUGUAUCACAAGUACGCGAUGAUGUCACGCUCGCACACUCCUCCACCGCCGUGGUCCGACUCGACGACGACGACGACGACGCCGUCGUCUAAUCCGACCUCGAGUAUUCAGGCGCGACGCGAGCUUUUGGCCAGCCAGCCCGAGCUACGCGAGUAUCUGGCGCAGCUGGCGUUAAGCGAUCGCGGCUCGCAACAUCAAUAUCAACAGCAGCGACAACAAUCUAGAGAUGCCGUCUGCGUGGUCCCGAGGGAACAGCAGCAGGUCAGAGUGCAGCAGCGUGCGCGAGCAAUGCCUCCCAGAUCGCAGAGCGAGAGCCGAGCGCAGCAGCAACGAAUCGCGGCGAUGUAUACGGAUGCUGCGUUUUGCAUGGAAACCACGGUGCUGCAGUCAGCCUUCGAUUCCGGUCAGGGAUUCGCCCUCUGCAGUUUGAUGUAAAGGAUGAUGCAAUGCUUCUUUAUCGCAUCCGGAAGUUGCACCGGAAGGUUGAUAUCAUCAUCAAUUCACGAUCGAGUUCAUCCGCGAAUGUUUUCCUUGGCAGACGAGUUGCGUCAAGGAAUACACUUGCGAAACCACUCGACCCUGAAUUAAUGAUAUAUUAGUUUAAUUACAAUUUAGAGAGGCAGCGAGAUGCAUCAUUGUUGAAAUGUCACGUCUCGCUGCUAUCGCGAGUUUAAUGAAUGAAGCUUCACAAAAUAGUAUCGAUUUCCUGAUAGUAAAGUAUCAUUGCCUCGUAAGUACAUGUGAAUAUGUAAGUAAUCGAAUGGUAUCGAUUCCUAAAUGGUGUCUACUUGAAAGUAUUUUCAAUCCUCCAUAAUUAUUUCUGGCGUACAAUCGAUAUCAUACAAUUCUAGCGCUACUUCUGUACGCUAGGUACCUAAAUACGUUCGUCAUUUCUAACCAUAAUUGUUACUGAUUUACGGACGCUUGUUAAUUUCCGAUUUAUAUUUUACAGACAAUUUUCCAGAAAAAAAAAAAGAAAAA